CGCCAUCAUUGAGGAGACAAUGAGUAACUGCUCGUCACGAUCCUCAUGCCCGCGUCAAAGGAACGCAAAGACGAGCCGUCGCGUUCAGCGGCGCCCGAUAAAGCGAGCGAGGCCGGCGAAUCUGAGGCUGGCGGGGUAGAUUUACCGGAGGAGAUCAACGAGGACGCCACGGGAGCUGCGACUGCUAGUUCACGAAGCGGAAGGAGAAAGCGGAGGCCGAAGAGGAACGGCGGUAAGCACGAGGCGGAGCCCACGUCGGCACAGCAGGCGUCAACGGCAACGAGCGAGUUCGCCAUCGUCGUCGAAGUGCAGGCGCUGAAGAGCAAAGUCUACGAGAUCGAGCAGCAGGUGCGAGAGAUCCUGCUGCGGCCACAAGGCCCGCCGAAGUCCGCGCGGCGCAGACAGCGGCAUCAGAAGGGCCAGCGCGCGUCCACGCCGCCGGCGGAGGAGGCGGCCGAAGCAAGGGCGGCGGAGGACGCGGCGCUCGCGUCACACGCGCGAGACGAGCUGCGAAGACUACAAAGAGAGCUGGACGCCGCGCAGAGCGAGCUGCUAAGCCUUCGGGCGAGGGAGGAGAGCCCCUCAAGGCCAGGCCCAGGCAGGGGCGCGGACGACGACGGCGCGGAGGAGAUACCGCGCCUGCAAGACCCGGGCGUCGAGGUGCGGCGUCCGCGCCCGCUCGGCCGCGCGAUCACGCUGACGGGCAGCUACCGCAUCCCGCUGCCGGUGGACGUGUCGAGCGAGGACCUGGACGCGAUCGGCCGGGGCAUCAGGUCGGCGCAGAACGUUGCGCGGUCGUUCAUCAGCGAUUUCGAGCACGCGCGGGCGCUUGGGGCGGCGGCGUCGUCGUCGUCGUCGCUACCGCCUCGGAGGCAGCGGGAGGGCGACGGAUCUGGAUCGUGGAGCGAGUGGUUCGGCGGAUAUAGCAUGUCGAUCGCGAGAGCCGUCGAGGGUGUGCGCCUCACGUCGAGAAUCCAAACGACGCCCGUGCCGACGAAGCCGGCCGUCGUUGGAAGGGCGGAGACGACGCCGGCGCGGAGGAAGCCGCGGAAGCUGGAGGUUCGGAGCCACAAGCACGAGCUGGGCGUGCAGGAGGGAGAUGUGAGAAGACGGCUGAGCGAGGGACAGGUCGCUGGCCUGCUGGCCUGAUGGAGAGAGUGGUAUUUCACGUCGUGGAAAGUGGUUAGUGUACAACAUGUAUAAUGUACAAUAGUGCCCUUCUUCCUUGGGGGUCAUCAAGGCAAACACACG